UACUAUCAAAUCCAAACCGUCGAGGAGGAAGGCAAAGAGCCCUACUCCUUAAUACAGGUUGUAAGCGAAGGUGACCUUCACGACAUUAUCGAUAUCAGUCUUUUGGAUGAUGAAAAGACUCCAAAGACCGAAACGAAAAUGCCGAAGUCAAAGAAGCCCAAGGAAGUUAAGCCGAUACCACAACAACAAAAGACUACGGAUGAAAAACCCGUAUUCAUAACCACUUUCAAAUCAGUACAGAACGAAGACGGUGAAACUGUCAUUGAGACCGAAAGUAAGAAGGUUACCCAAGAGGAGGGAGUACUCGUUGAAGAAGUGCUCAGUGAUACAGAACCGACAAAAGAACAUGACGAAACAACGCCAUCACAAAUCGAAAUUGUCGAAGUCAGCGAUGUAACAGGUGAAGCACCCAUAGUCCACGAGGACUAUGCCAUCAAUGUUAUUGAGGAAUUGCCCGAGGAGAAGGAGGAGCAAGUCGAACAUGUGAUACACCAAAUCCGUACCAUCGAGGAGUAUCCCGAAGACAAGGACGAAUCACAUCCCAUCGAAGUCAUUGAAGAGGAAAUUGAGGAAACCAAGGAGGAUGAAACGCCCGAUGAUACUACCAAGCCGAAAAAGACCAAAAAGAAGGUCAUACGCAAGAAGACUGAAGAUCACGAUGCCAUAAUUCAAAAACUCUUGGAACAAGAAAUCGAAAAGACCGAACUGGAGAAAUUCGAAAAGAUCGAAUUCGAAAAACCCAAGAAGAUCAAGCCGGAAGCUGAAGCGUUGGAACCCAUCAAAAUCAUACGUCGCGACCAAAAGCCUAAGAAGGUGGUCAUAGUUGAUGCUGCUGAAGUACCACAAAUGAUUAAAUUGAAGCCAUCGAAACGCAAGGAACGUCCCGUCGAGGAACAGGCCGUACAACUUCCAGCAUUCAAGUUAAAGAGUCGCAUGGUUAUGGUCCAAUAUCCACCAGAGCUCCUGAAACCAGUAAUAACCGAAAUUGGCGCCGUCAAGGAGGUCGGUGAGCUAUCGCGCAACAUUGAAGAAGCCGAAGAACUGCUGAAAUUCAAGCCACGCAAAGUUAAGAAGAUAAAGAAGAUUAAGGAUGACCUGGAAAAGGUGGAAUUGGAGAAAUACGAAAAGUAUGUAAGCAGCGAAGAAGAGCCUGAGGCCAAGGAACCCUACAAGAAACCUGAAAAACCUGCCAAGACGGAAGAACAACCCGAAGAAGUUAAACUUAAACUAGGCAAGGGCAAAAAGAAGCCACUGGAGGAGGAACAACCUGAAUCGGUUAGCCUCAAGAAAAUACCACAAAAAUCCAAACCCGAAGAAGAAGUCUUGGAAGAAAAGACCGUAAAGAAACACAAAGUGGUAGUCAAAGAAGAAGAACCCAAACCCGAAGAGCCCAAGUACGAAAUGAAACCUCUUGAGCCUCUCGAGUUUGAAGACAUUGAGCAGCCUAAAGAAGAGCUGGAACCCCUGGAAUUCCCAGAAACUCCCAAAAAGGACAAGAAGGUUCCCAAGACUAAGCCCAAGUCGAAGCCGAAGACGAAACCAGAACAGGAAAUGAAUGUUACGGAAAUUGUACCUGGCAAGCCAACAGAACCGGAAGAGCAGCCAGAAGAUACGGUUAAAUUCCGCAUACCAGAGAGUACACAUGAAGAACAGCCUACAGCUGAGGUCAAAUUAAAGCCGUUCAAAAAAGAAGAUGUGCCAGAGGCUCCAGCCGAAUUGCCAGUAAAAACGGUUUCCGAAGAAAAGCCUAAAGAAAAAUCACCAUCCCCCGUAGUAGAGGUAAAGGAAGAAAAGCCCAAAAAACCCAAGACCAAAAAGGAAAAGCCAAAACAAGAAGAAAUCGUCGAAGAGAAGCCGGAACCGGAAUUCGAGGUUGCUAUCAAAGAAGAAAUUGUUCAAGAAGAAAAACCAACCGAAGAAAAGGUUGACAAGGUCAAAAUUAAAAAGAAAGUACCUAAAGAAAAACCCCAAGAGGAAGUUAAGGUCGUAGAGGAAGAGGUGAAACAGCCAAAGGUACCCGAAGAAAUUCCCGUUGAGUACAAGAUCACCACUACCGUAAUUGAGCCUGAAGAGGUACCCGAAGCGUAUAAGGUACGCGUUAUUGAUACCGAUGAAAAGCAAGUAACCCUCGAGGAAUUAGUGGAGGAGAAGACAGUUAUUCGUAGGAAGAAGGUUAAGCCAACUGUACCCGAGGAAUAUGAAUACACUGUUGAAGAACCUCAACCCGUUCCAGUCGAAGAAGAGGAGCCCACUGCAGAAGUGACUUAUGAAGUUAAGAAACCGGAACCUCAACCCAUAACAGAAGAAGUGACCGUUAUCGAAACGGUAGAACAACCUAAAGAUGAAGAAAUUGUCGAAGAACAAGUGAUUAAGAAGAAGAAACCGAAGAAGAAGGUUGUUCCCGAAGAAGAGGCCAAGGUUGAAAUUAAACACGAAGAACCUGAGGAAAAACCAGCUGAACAAGAAUUAAUCAUUGAGGAGCCAGUCGAAGAAACUAUCGAAAAACCAAAACCCAAGGUCUACGACAUAACUGUAAAGGAAACAGAGCCUGUGGAAGAAGUUCCCGAAGUGAUAGAGGAGGUGGUUGAAGAGAAACCUAAACCCAAACCGAAACCAAAGAAGGAAGCAGAAGUAUUCCCCAGUUAUGAAAUCAAGACAAUUGAAACAGAGGCAGAGAAACCUGUAAUUGUCGAAGAAGAUCAGCCAGAAGAAGUGCAAUUCGCUAUAAAGCCCAAGAAACCGGUUGAGGUCCAAGAAGAGUUUGAAGCAACCGUUUCCCUGACAGAACCUAAACCAGUUGAGCAGGUCGAAGUUGAAACCAAACUAAAGACUAAAAAACCCAAAAAACCAAAGAAGGUUGAAGAGGAGUCGACUCAGCUGGAAGUCAAGAUCACAGAACUGGAUGAAAAGCCUAUCGAAGAAGAAGUUGUGGAGGAACAGCCCGCACCAAUCGAGGUAAUCGAAGAAAAGCCAGCCGAGGAAAAGCCACACGAGUACAAGAUAAAGGUAUCCGAAGAAGAGAAUGCUCCACAAGAAGAGGAAGCACCAGUAGUAGAGGUAGUCAUGAAACCCAAAAAAGUGGUGGAGAAACCCACUGAAGAACCCGAAGCCGAAUUUGUUCUCACAGAAAGCAAACCCGUUGAAGAAGUUACUGAGGAAGCUCGAAUCAAAACAAAGAAGAUAAAGAAGAAGCCCAAGGAAGAGGUAGCAGCUGAGCUCAAAGUAACAGUGACGGAGGAGGCUCCGGUAGAGCAACAAGAAGUAGUUGAAGAAGUUGCCGAAGUCACAACUAUUGUAGAAGAGAAACCCGAGGAGAAACCUAAAGAAUACAAAUUCAAGGUAAAGGAAUCUCAAGUGCCCAGAGAAGAAAAGGUGGAGGAAAUACCAGAAGUACCCAAACCUCGUGAGAAAUCUGUACCUAAAGAAGAAGCCCCCGUUGAAGAUGUUAAGGUUACUACCACAGAGCCCGCCGAGGAGACAGUUCAUGAGGAAACUAAGACAGUUAAGAAGAAGGUAAAGAAACCCAAGGAGGAAGUACCUAAGGAGCAUGUCGUUAAAGUCGUAGAGGAAGUAGUAGAAAAACCCUCUGAAGUUGUUGAAGAAAAACCUGAGGAAGAAGCUCCCAGCGAAGAGAAACCUGAAGAGCACUACCCAGAGCAUAAGGUUAAGGUUGUCGAAGAAUUCCCACAAUUUGUCACCGAAGAGGAGGAACAACAAGAGGUUAAAGUAAUACGCAGAAAGAAACCAAAGGUCACAGAAGAACCCGAGGAGCAAGUGGUGCUGGCACCACAGAAACCCGCCGAAGACGUCGAAGAAACCAAGGUUAUCAAAAAGAAACCUAAAAAACCAGUCGUCGAAGAAGCUCAAGCUGAACUUAAGGUCACUGUGGUCGAGGAAAUGCCGGAAGAGAAGCCUGAGGUUGUUGAAAUUGUAGAAGAAGAAGAAAUUAAGGAACUACCCAAGACUGAAGAAGUCGUUGAGGAGGCCCCAGAGCACAAGGUUCGAAUUAUUGAAGAGUCUCCACAAUUCGUUACCGAGGAAGAAGAGCAACAAGAGGUUAAAGUCAUUCGCCGCAAGAAACCAAAGGUUACUGAGGAACCCGAAGAAGAAGUGAUCCUUGCCCCACAACCAAAACCUGUCGAAGAUGUCGAAGAAACUAAGGUCAUCAAAAAGAAACCCAAAAAGCCCGUCGUAGAAGAAGCUCAGGCCGAACUUAAGGUCACAGUUGUCGAAGAACUUCCAGAAGAGCAGCCAGAGAUUGUUGAAAUUGUGGAAGAAGAAGAAAUUAAGGAGCUACCCAAGACUGAAGAAGUCGUUGAAGAGACCCCAGUUACUUAUGAGUUCUCUGUAAAGGAAACCGAACCCGAAAAGGUAGAAGAAACUCCAGAAGAAGUAUUCCAAUUGCCGAAAAAGAAGCCAAGCAUCAAGGAAGAACCAGAAGAGCAGGUGACGUUGGUAACUAAAAAACCCACCGAAGAAGUUUCCGAAGAGAUCAGCAUUAAAAAGAAAACCAAGAAACCAAAGAAAACUGAGGAAGUUGCAGUUGAACAGACUAUAAGGGUAGAGGAGGAUGUGCCACAAACCGAGGAAGUUCAAAUUAUUGAAGAAGUUGAAGAAAUCGAAGAGAAGCCUCAACCGGUGGUGGAAACUCCCAAAUCAGUUGAAAUUACAGAAGAAAUCGAGGAAGUGAAGCACAAGGAAUACAAAUUCGGUGUGGUUGAAAUUGAACCAGAAAAGGCUCCCAAGGAAGAAGUGAUUGAAGAAGAAGUUACACUGCCCAAAAAGCCAAAGGCUCCCAAGGCAGAAGUUACUGAGGAACCUGAAGCGGAUGUUACCCUUAAACCUCAACCAAAAGAAGAACAAAUACAAGAAGAAACCGCAGUCAUUAAAAAGAAACCCAAGACCAAACCUAAGGAGGAAGCUGCUGCUGAACUUAAGGUUCAGGUAAUUGAAGAAGUUGCACCUGAACCAGAGGUUGUUGAAGAAAUCGAAGAGGUUGCGGUGGUUAAAAAGAAGCCGAAGAAGCCUGUACAAGUGGAGGAGGUUGAGGAAGAAGAAGUUGUACUCAAAAAACCUAAGAGCAAGACCGAAGAUGUAGAGGAAGAGGUUACACAGGUCACCUUGAAACCCAAGAAGACACCCAAGGUCGAAGAGGAAGACUUUGCUAUUGAAGUGAAACUACCAAAGGAGAAACCAAUUACACAAGAAGAGACCUCUGAGGAGACUGUCCAACUUAAGAAGAAGAAGAGACCUGUGAAGCCAGUCGAGGAAGCUUCCGAUGAGUUGGUCAUUACACAGGAAGCUAUUGUUGAGCGGCCAGUCGAAAUCGAAGAAGAAGAAAUCAUUGAAGAGGCUGUGGUGAAACGUAGGAAACCAGCCAAGCCCGUCGAACCCAAGUACGAGGAGCAUUCAGAGGAGGAAGUUAGUUUGGCCUUGAAGAAACCGAAACAUAUCGAUGCUGGCGUUACCGAAGAGGCAACCGUUAUUAAGAAGAGGCCCAAGAAACCAUUAACUCACGACGAAGCAGCCGCAGAACUUCAUAUUGUACAGCAACCCGAAGUGGAAGAGGUACAGGAGGAAGUAGAGGAAAUCGACGAAGUUGUGCUAAAACCAAAACCGAAAUCUAAGCCCCAGCCCCAACAAGUUACCGAAGAAGAACAAGAAUUCACAAUUAAGAAGAAACCUAAGAAGAAGGAGGAAAUUCCCGAAUUCACUGGAGUCGAGACUGUCACCCUGCGUCCCAAGAAACCGAAGAAGGCCGAAACCGAGGAAGUUGAUCAAGAAUUUAAUAUUGCUUUGGAUUCCUAUGCCGAGGAAGAAAUUUCCAUGGGCAGCAAGAUCAAACUUAAGAAACCGGUAAAGAUGACCUACGGCGAGGAAGCGGACGAGGCCAGCAUUAAGAUUAUGAAGGACUACGACGAUGGUCAUGCCGUGAUUAUUGAAGAGGUGCACGACGACACAGAUAUUGAGGAAGACAUCUUCGACGAAGAAGCCGACGCCUAUCAAGUUGAAGAAUUGCCACUGGAUGAGGUCGAUAUCAAACUCAAACCCAAGAAGAAGGUUUCGUCCAAACCCAGAUACUCGAUACAGAACGAAGAAGAAGAACAGGUCUUAAUCGGAUUCGCCCGCCCCAAGAGUGAUUCGGUUACCUAUGAAGAAGACACCUUUACGCUGAAAAAGAAGAAGAAACUUGUUGCUCAAGUCUUCAACGAAGAGGGAGCUUCCUUGAAUAUCACCCGUGUCAUGGAUGUCGAUGAAUCUGGCGAAGAGAAUGUCAUGUUCUCUAUUUGCACCUAUAUCGCCGAUACCGAUGAAGCCAUCAACUUGGUUGAGGGCGAAAAGGUCUAUGUCAUUGGUCGCCACAGUUCCGAAUGGUGGUUCGUUAAGAAGAGCACAACCGAAGAAGAAGGCUGGGUACCAGCUCAAUAUCUCAUGGAACCCGACGAAUAUGUUCAAUACGUUCAAAAGAAGUUGCACGAGAAAAUCGAUAAGCUACCAGUAUUUGAAAGACCUGGACCUGAAGAGAAACCCAUUGCACCGAAGUUCAUUCAACAAUUGCAACCCAUACACACACCUGAGGGCUAUACCAUUCAAUUGGAAUGCAAGGUUGAGGGUGUACCCCGUCCACAGAUCACAUGGUUCCGCGAAACUGCUGUUAUUAAACCCUCACAAGACUUCCAAAUGUUCUACGACGAUGACAAUGUAGCUACCUUGAUUAUAAGCCAAGUGUUUGCCGAAGAUGCUGGCAAAUAUACUUGUGUAGCGAAAAACGUUGCUGGUUUUACCUCAACCACAACUGAGGUGACCGUUGAAACCGUUGUCUCCGAAAAUGCCUCAGAACGGAAGAGUAUUUCACGUGAAUCAUCUUUGGCCGACAUACUCGAAGGUAUACCACCAACAUUCUCACGUAAACCCAAGGCCCAAUAUGUGGACGAGGACUCGGACGUUGUUUUGGAAUGCCGUCUUGUGGCUGUACCCGAACCGGAUAUCGUAUGGACCUACAAUGACGAGGAAAUCGAUUCGAAGGUCAUGAAGAAUGUUACCGUUGUAAAGGAAUCCGAUAUGCAUAUGUAUUGCACCGUGGUACACAUCAAGAAGGUUAAGAAAUCUCAAGAAGGUACCUAUGAGGUGAUUGCCACUAAUCGUGAGGGUGAAGCCAGGCUGCCAAUCAAGCUGAAGGUGCGUACCAAGGACAAGGAAGCACCACACAUUUUGGAACCCUUGCACAAUAUGGUUAUUCGCGAGGGUGAAAGCGUUGUCUUGAGCACACAAAUUGUGGGCAACCCUGCUCCCAAAGUAACCUGGUACCGUAAUGGCAAACCUGUGAAGAAGGGUGAUGUUAAAUCUGAAAAUGGCGUCCACACAUUGACGCUGAUAUCGCCCAAACGUGAAGAAGCCGGCGAGUACACGGUUAAGGCUGAAAAUCCCUUGGGUAGUGUAGAGACCACAGCUAAUCUGACAAUUGAAGAACCUCCCAGCGAUAAUGGCGAACCGCCAUUCUUUGUUGAACGUUUCGAGGAACAAAUCGUCAAACCCAAGAGUACCAUACGCCUUGUGGCCAAGGUGUCUGGUAAUCCAGUACCCGAAGUCGCAUGGCUCUUCAACAAUAGUCCCUUGCAACCCGAUGAGCGCAUCCAACAGCGUUAUGAUGGCGAAAACAUUGAGUUGACCAUUAAAAAUGCCAAUCCCGAGGUGGAUUCUGGCGACUACAAAUGUAUUGCCAGCAACCCAUUGGGCAAGACAUCACACGGCGCACGCGUUAUUGUCGAAGUAGACAAGGUUACGUUCACCAAGAAACUCAAAUCCAAGAUCACCAUCGAAGAAAUCCAAUCGCUCACCCUGGAAUGUGAAACGUCACAUGUGGUCGCUACUAAAUGGUUCUUCAACGGCAAGGAAUUGAGUGGCAUGGAUCAUCGUGUCGUUGUCGAAGAAGGCAAGGUCCACAAACUGGUCAUAAAGAACACUAAUCUCAAGGACAGCGGCAAAUAUGUGUGCAAAGUCAAGAAAUUGGAAACCGAAUCGACGGUCGAGGUCUUGAAACGCAAACCCGAGUUCAUUAAGCCUCUGGAGGAUACCGAGAUCACCGAGAAGGACACCGCCAUUUUGGAAGUUGAAAUCUCAAUUGACCUUCCCGAAGUGCAAUGGUUCAAGGAUGGUGAGAAGAUCACACCUGAGAAGAAGAACAUCGACGCCAUUAAGGACGGCAAGGUCCAUCGCUUAAUAGUGCGCGAUGCCACCAAGCACGAUGCUGGAGAAUAUUCAUGCAAAUUCGAAGAUCAAAUCUGCAAGUGUGAGCUUAAGGUCAUUGAAUUGCCACCAGAAAUCGUUAAACCAUUGGAAGAUGUCACGGUAACCGAAGACGAGACAGCCACCUUCACUGUGGAAUUGGACAAGGAAGACGCAUUGGUUAGAUGGUUCAAGGAUGGCAAAGAAUUGCCACUUAACGACCGCGUCCAAAGCUCUACGGAUGGUAAACGCCAGACAAUUACCAUUAAGAAGGCCAAACCCAGUGAUAUGGGUGAAUAUUCAGUACAAGUGGGCGAGCAGACAUCAAAGGCCAAACUGACCGUCGAAGAACCGUUGGUUGACUUUGUAUUGCGCCUGCCCGAUGUCACCUUGGCCACCAAGAACACCGAUGCUGAAUUCAAGGUUGAAUUGUCCAAACCCGAUGUUGAACUGACCUGGUUUAAGAAGGGCAAACCCGUCAAGCCGAAUAAGAAGAAUGAAGUCUUUGUGGAGGGCACUGUCAGACGUUACGUCAUCCACAAUGCCGAUGAUGAGGAUGCGGGAGAGGUAAGCUGUCAAGCUGCCAAUGUCACUUCCAGCACUAAAUUGUGCGUGGAAGAAGUCAAGACUGCGCCCAUUAUCACUUCGGACAAGGAUCAGACAAUUAAGGUUAAGGAGAAUGAAGACGUAACCUUCACCGUCAAAUAUACCGGUGUUCCACAGCCAGAUGCUGAAUGGAGUACAUCGAAGAAGGUCAUUGUUAAAUCCAAGCGACUAAUACCCACCAUUGAUGAACAAUCAGCCUCGCUGACCAUUAAGAAGGUAGUCGAGGAAGAUGAAGACAACUACACUCUCAGAUUGACGAAUCCCGUUGGCGAAGCUGAAGCCAGUCUCCACUUGGUUAUUAUGCGCAAACCUAAGGCUCCUGGUUCUCCACAACCACUGGAAGUGAUGCAUGAUUCCAUUACGCUAUACUGGAAGGCACCUGAAGACGACGGUAAUGCCGAAAUCCAAGAAUAUAUUUUGGAAUACAAAGAUGUUAAGACUGAAAAAUGGACUGAGGUUCGUAAGAUUAAGGAUACCACGUUCACAUUGAGCAAAUUGAUAGUGGACACAGAAUAUGUAUUCCGCACAAUUGCCGUCAAUGAAGUUGGUCCAUCACCACCGUCGCCAUUAUCACCGCCCAUACGGUUGGUGGCCCAGGUUAAAAAGGAAAAGCCCACAGUUCAGGAACCCCUGCAAGACACAACCUCGGAACUCAACAAAGAAGUUACACUUUCUUGUGUCUUCGGUGGUGUUCCCGAACCUAAGGUGGUAUGGAAGAAGAAUGGCAAGGUGAUCGAAGAGACCACCACAAUGGUGUAUGAAAAUCGUGUCGCCAAGUACAUUAUCAAAAAGACAACUCAAGAAUCGGAAGCCGAAUACACUUGUGUGGCUACCAAUGAAGUCGGCAGCGUGGAAACAUCUUGCCGCCUGACAAUCAGAGAGAAACCUUCCGUUGAAAUCGAAGAGAAAUAUUUGGCACAAAAACUGCGCACCAACACAAACUUAACCAUUCCAGCCACAAUUCGUGGUUAUCCUCAACCCAAGAUUACCUGGUACAAGGAGACCACAACAAUUAAGAAAUCCAAACGCCAGACAAUCGAAACUACCGAAACGACAACUACUCUCAGCGUGGAGCAGUUGACACGUGAGGACUCUGGACGUUAUAAGAUUGUGGCCGAAAAUGAGAGUGGCUCCAGCAGUGCUGAAUGUGUUGUGCAAGUUAUUGAUAGGCCAAGUCGACCACAAUCGCUUGUCAUUCGGGAGACAAAGAAAGACUCAGUCAAAUUGGAAUGGACUCCGCCAACCGAUGAUGGUGGCAUGGAAAUUACCAAAUACAUUUUGGAGAAAUGUGAACUACAAAAGAAUGUGUGGAUGAAGGUGUCCGAAUUCGAAAGGGACACAACUUCGCAUACAGUACAAAAACUUUCCACAGACAUUGAAUACAGGUUCAGAAUAGUAGCCGUAAACCCAAUUGGUGAAUCUGAGCCCACCGAAAGUGAGACUGUUAUAUUAACCAAGAAAGAAAAACCAUCACCACCCAGAAAACCCAUAGAUGUUUCGGGCAUGAAUGAUACCUCCUUCACACUGUCAUGGGAAGUGCCUGAAAGUGAUGGUGGUUCCAAGAUUACUGAAUACAUUGUUGAAAUCAAGGAAUUCCAAGAGAAAGAAUAUAGACUUUUUGGCAGUACAAACGGCAAUACACCAAACAUUCGCAUAACAAAUGUUGUCAAGAACAAGGCCUACACGUUCAGAAUAUAUGCCAAGAAUGAGGUUGGCAUGAGUGAUGCUCUAGAGACAGAUGAAAAGAUUGUUGUCACACGUAAAAUAACUCCUCCUUCACCUCCUCGUAAUCUCAGAUGCCCGGAUAUAACAAAUAGAAGUGUAACACUGGAUUGGGAAUCACCGGCACACAAUGGUGGUUCUGAAAUUACUGGUUAUAUUGUUGAAAAACGUUCCGCCACAUCAACAACCUGGGCACAGGUCAUUAGUUUGGAUGCAAAUUGCUUCCAAUAUACCGUUGAAAACCUGAAAGAAAAAUCCGAAUAUUGGUUUAGAGUAUCGGCUGAAAAUGUUGCUGGUGUGGGUGCACCAGCGGUGACCGAAAGUGUGGCAUUGAAAACACAUGCAACCGUACCAUCACCACCCACAGCUCCACUUGAGGCCAGAGUCAUUGGUGCCAAUACCCAUGUCUUUGAAUGGGGUAUGCCCGAAUCAGAUGGUGGUGCGCCAUUAUUGGGCUAUCACAUUGCCAUACGCGAUAUGAAGAAGAGUAUGUGGAUUGAAGUGGGUCGUGUACCAGCUGGUGUUUUGAGAUUCCAAAUCAAGGACAUGCAAGAGAAGCACAACUACAAGAUACGCAUAUUUGCCAAGAAUGAAAUUGGUCUUAGUGAACCGUUGGAAUCUGAAGAGCCAUAUCAUGUUGAAACAUCGGGUCAUCCAGCAUUACCAGAAGAGGAACGUACCGAAAUGAGUUCCUGCAAUACAUCAUCAUGGUUGCGUAUGCAUCAUAUGGUUGCAGAUAUCCACUCGUAUGCUCGCCAGAAAUUGUUGCGACAUGACGAAUACUUCUUCCGCAUCUGGGCCGAAUUGCCAGGCAAUAAGAGGCCACCAUUGCAAAGAAGUAAAUCUGUGAGCACAGAACAUAAAAUGAAAAUUAAAACUAAAAAACAAUAAAGA